AUGGCAUCUUGGACUGCAAGACAAAACAAAUUAUUUGAAGAGGCACUUGCUAUAUAUGACAGGGAAACACCUGACAAGUGGCACAAUGUCGCUAAAGUGGUCGGAAAAUCCGUUGAGGAUGUUAAAAGGCAUUAUGAGGUACUCAAAGAAGAUAUCAGGCGCAUUGAGCGUGGUGAAGUUCCUUUUCCUUAUAAAGGUUCAUGA